UCGACCGCAUGAAAAUGGCGACGGAGAAGCGGCAGUUGGUGACGUCGCUGCGGACGGAGCUGAGGGUUUAGGAGCCGUUGCUGUGGACGGAGAGACAGGGGCAUGAGCGGACAUUGAGGACGGCCAGGGUGCCGGUGCCCCCCCCCCCCCCCCCAUCUGCUCGGUGUGCGGGCUGAGCUUCGAGCUGCUGAGCCGCGAUGGAGGACCACAUGACGGGGCACAACAAGGAGAGGCGUUAUGAGUGCGACGUGUGUGGCAAGGCCUGGCAGUGCCCGAGCCAUCUGGAGAUCCACAGGCGAGUGCACACAGGAGAACGCCCCUUCAACUGCACGGAGUGUGGCAAGAGCUUCAUCAGCUCCAGUACCCUGCUGCGACACAACCGCGUGCACUCCAGCGAGAGGCUGUUCACCUGCUCCGUCUGCGGCAAGACCUUCAAGAGGGCGAAUCACCUGAAGAAGCACUGGCAGGUGCACACGGGCGAGAAGCCCUAUUGCUGCUCCACCUGCGGCAAGAGCUUCAAGUCGUCCAACCAACUGAAGGUGCACCAGCGCACCCACACCGGUGAGCGCCCCUACACCUGUGCACAGUGCGGCAAGGGCUUCACCCGCUCCAGCAGCCUGCUGGUGCACCAGCGCACCCACACCAGUGAGCGUCCCUACACCUGCGCCCAGUGCGGCAAGGGCUUCACGCAGUCCAGCACCCUGCUGGUGCAUCAGCGCACCCACACCGGCGAGCGCCCCUACACCUGCACCCAGUGC